GCAACUGCAACGGCCCGCGCCAGUGCCUCUUCUGCCCCAUCCUCGGCGAAUUCUGCGCCGAGGAGAUGAUCGUCCACGAGGGCCUGGUCCAGGGCGAGCCGGGCAACAUCAACCCCGCGACGAAGCUCUCCCUCAUCCGCCAGCCGGCGCCGCUGGGCGGCUGCCUCGUGCCCACGCUGGAGAUCCUGAACGCCCAGGACCAGCUCGACACGAAGAUGACGGGGCCGACGUGCUUCGGCGGCUGGAGCGAGAUGUGCUGCGACUCGACGUUCGUCGUCAAGCGCGACGACGCGCCCGUGGCGACGAUCCGCCACCUCGCGCCGCGCGACUGCGGCGAGGCCUGCAAGGCGCUCUGCACGGACAGCGACAACUUCGAGGUGACCUUCGACCCGUCGGUGAGCGCCAUGGACAAGGCGAACGCCAUCGCGACGAGUCUCCUCGUCGACUUCAUGUUCUUCGAGAUCGACCAGGGCCUCUGCCACGUCGAGGGCAACGUCAUCUACUGCACGCUCUGCCUCUGCUUCUGCGCCGGCGCCCUCCGCGCCGAGCUGACGAUGAUCGCGGUCGUCGACCAGCCGAGCGGCGACGUCGAGCUCGGCUCGACCAUGGUGUCGCCGCUCAUUCCUGCCGCCGUAGCCGUCGACCUCGUCGCCGCCGACCUGGAGAAGAUGCGCGGCGUCGUCGUGCGCCAGGAGACGCAGUUCCUCGAGUCCUUCGCCCAGGGCCUCGGUCUGCCCUACGAGGCCAAGAACCGCUACAAGGUCUCCGCGCUGCCCGAGGGCCGCGCCGUCGCGGCGUCGCCGACGGACGCGGCGCGCUGGCGGCCGACGAACAAGGAUCUGCUCGCGCUGCCGGCGGCGCUCGUCGCGCACGAGGAGUCGAAGUGCGGCUGGCGCGCGGCGCUCGCCUGCUGCGGCUGUCUGAAUUUCCGGGCCCUGACCAUGCACUUCUUCGAGUCCGUCGACGGCUCCGACGGGGGCGCGGGAAUCGAGCGCUUCCGCCUCGCGCGGCCGUUCCGCAUGGGCAUCAAGGCGACGAUCGGCUUGUGCGCCGGCGUCGGCCUGUUCCUCGGGCGCGUCGUCACGUACGCGCUGCCCUUCUUCGUGGCCGUGCCGCUGGGAGGCAUCGCGGAGCUCGUCUUCGGCGUCCUGGGCGCGUGCGUCGGCCUCUUCCUGGUGCGGACGCGGCCCGAGAGUCUGCGCUUGCGCCUAUCGCUCGUCGAGGAGGGCGGCCGCGUCGUCGGCGAGGUCGUCGAGGCCUUCGAGCCCGCCGCGGGAACGUCGUCGUUCGAGGAAAAGUGGUGGACGUGCUGCUGCCUGUGCACCUUCUUCGCGCGCGUGACCUCCGAGACCGAGCCGGGCUUCACGCUCCGGUUCAACUCCUGCUGCUGCGGCGAGCACAACAACUGCUGCGGCGCGACGUGCUGCCGGCCGGACCUCGUCAUCGACGUCCUCGACGAGUCCGGCGCCGUCGUGAGCCACGUCCAGAAGACGUUCGCGCCCGCCGGCGGCGACGAGUCCUGCUGCAACACGCUCUGCCGCUGCCUGAACCAGUUCGACAGCUUCCUCGUCGAGUUCCCCGCGGGCGCGUCCCAGCGGCAGCGCGCGCUCCUCGUCGCGGGGCUCUUCUCUCUCAACAAGGACGGCGGCUACGCCCACGUCGCGGCGCUCUUCGGCCAGCCCAAGUACGACGAGUCGCUGAGCCAGCGGCUCGUCUACGCGAAUUCGACGCUCUGCGACGUCGACGCGAGCAUGCGCGGCGCGGUCUCGUCGCCCUACCUCAUGUUCGCCGAGCGCGGCGGCUGCACCUUCGUCGUCAAGGCGCGCAACGCCCAGGCUCUCGGCGCGUCGGGUCUGGUCAUCGCGGACGACCGCUGCGUCUGCGGCACGGCGUGCGAGCCGCAGGCGCGGUGCGAGGGCCAGGAGCCCAUCAUGGCCGACGACGGCUCCGGGAGCGACAUCUCCAUCGCGUCGGUCAUGCUCUACAAGGAGGACGGCGACGCGAUCCGCGACUACUUCAGGUGCGGCGCGUACCCGGGGCAAAAGUGCAAACGCGACCCCUGGAUCGUCGAGUCGCUCGUCCAGGCGUCGCUGGAGUACACGGUGCCCGCGCCCGACGCGCGCGUCGAGUGGGAGCUCUGGACGACGUCCAUCGACGAGGCGAGCCUCGACUUCCUGCGCGACUUCAAGGCCACGGUGCUCGCGCUCGGCACGAAGCAGCUGUUCACGCCGCACUUUUACACGUACAACGGGUCCCACUACGGCUGCGACCUCAAGCUGGCGUCCGACGACGAGCUCUGCGGCAAUUUGUGCACGAACGGGGGCCGCUACUGCGCGCCGGACCCGGACGGGAAGCGCGCGGACGGCAUCGCCGGCGCGGACGUCGUCGCGGAGAACCUGCGGCGCACCUGCGUCUGGAAGCGCUACGGCGGCAAGGACCAGGCCGAGUCCGACCAAGUCGGCGUGGGCGAGACGUGGUGGGACUACGUGGGCAACUUCUCCGAGCUCUGCGGCACCGCGGAGGACUUCGUCGACGCCGGCUGCCGGUCGCGGGCCAUGCGCGAGGCCGGCGUCGACGAGGCCUACGUCGACGCCUGCGUCGCGGACAGCGGGGGGCUCGACGGCGGGCCCAACGCCGUGCUGGACCACGAGGUCGCGGAGCUGGAGAACAAGAACAUCGUCUACGUGCCGGAGUGCAUCGUCAACGACGCCGUCGUCUGGGGCGGCCUGAGCCCGCUCAACGUGCUGUCCACCGUGUGCCACGGCUACGCGCGCGACGCGCUCCCGCCGGCCUGCGACUGCGUCGAGGCCGCGGCGCUCGUGUCGUCGGACGCGUACGCGAAGUGCCUCGCCGACUCCGUCGCGCCCUACGUCACGCCCGAGGUCACCAAGACCAAGGAGACGGUCAAGAGCGGCAUCCCCUGGUACGCCGUCUUCCUCCUCGUCGUCGCCAUCGUCGUCGUCAUGCUCCUCGCGGGGCUCGCCUACUGGAAGCACACGCAGGCGCAGAUGCGGGACCAGGUCCGCGGCAUCCUCGCGGAGUACAUGCCCCUCGAGGACCUCGGCACGUCCAACCCCAUCGGCCUCGGCGGCUCCGCGCCGGACAAGCCCGCCGUCUUCUCCGUCAACGCGUAGGCGCGCCAUACGCGCGCCCCGCCACGUCAAAUCUGUCCAUG